CUCAUCUGCAAUCCGAAGAUUCUACAGAAAUCAGAAUGGAAACAGAAGGUCGAAAGAGGGGAAGAGGGCCUCUGGAAAGGCUUUACAGGCUCAUUAUGCGUCGCAAUUCUGUCUAUGUUACCUUUGUCAUCGUUGGCGCUUUCCUCGGCGAACGGUGUGUGGGGCCAGCAUGUGCACGUCCAGACUAUUUCAUUGGGUACCUGGCUGUUGAUUAUGGUGUUCGUAAGCUUUGGGAAAAGAAUAAUAUUGGGAAACGAUAUGAAGACAUCCCAGUUUUGGGGCAAAGGCAACCUGAAGAAUGAAUUCGGGUUUGUAAUCUUGUCCAAUGUAUAGCUAUAGGAUCCUAGAUGCUCUCAACUAUGUUUCUUGUUUCCUUCUAAAAAUAGGACUUCUUAUGUUUUGUUUUCUUUCCUAAGAAGUAACUAUUUCGAUCCAAGAAGGGAUACCUUGUUUCCUUUUGUUUGAUGUGAUAGUUAUAAAUACUUGGACAUCUUGUUAUUGUAACAUUGUCA